GCGGCACCUGCAGGGCUAGUGGAUGGCAGCAGCGGCUCGAGGAAGGGAAAGUACCAGGCACUGCUGGUGGUUCGCUUCCUAGGGCAGGGAGCGGCCGGGGGCAGUGGGGCGGAGGAGGAAGCAGGCACAGGUGGCUGCUGUGCGGAGGCGAGGCGGAGCGCUGGGCUGUCACGGUGACCCUCGGGGGAAAGCUCCGGGCAGAGGGAGGCGGCGCCAUGGCCCGGAGCUGGCGGUGGCUGCAGGGGCUGAUCCUCACUUGGCUCCCCAUAGGUUCUCUCUCCCUGCUGGUGAUAGUGCAAGAUAUUGAGCGAUACACCACCUUAUUUGCUUCUGUGAUCCUCAAGUGUGACUACAGCACUUCAGCGCAGCUGCAGGAUGUUGUAGUGACAUGGCGCUUCAAAUCCUUCUGCAAGGACCCCAUCUUCGAUUACUACUCUGCCUCCUACCAGGCUGGGUUAGCGCUUGGCCAGGACCCAUCCAAUGACUGUAAUGACAACCAGCGGGAAGUGCGCAUCGUCAUUCAGAGACGUGGACAGAACGAGCCUGUGCUAGGGAUAGAUUACAGGCAACGCAAGAUCACCAUCCAAAAUCGGGCAGACCUUGUAAUCAACGAGGUGAUGUGGUGGGACCACGGAGUGUACUACUGUGCUGUUGAGGCUCCAGGAGACACUGCAGGUGACCCAGACAAAGAAGUUAAGCUGGUUGUUCUGCAUUGGCUCACGGUGAUCUUCAUCAUCCUUGGCGGUCUCCUUCUCUUCAUACUUAUCGGGGUGUGCUGGUGCCAGUGCUGCCCCCAACACUGCUGCUGCCAUGUCCGCUGUGCCUGCUGCCCAACCCGCUGCUGCUGCAACGAGGAAGCCCUGGAACGACAUCGGUUCAUGAAGCAGGCACGGAACCUUAUGCCUUGGAUGACACACCACCCAUUCUACAUGGGAGGUGACAGGAACUCCCAACACUCUUCUUACCACCUAAACCCACUGCUGCAAAAAGAUGUCUCUCUGCAAAGUAGCCUCCCACUGGUGCAUUCACAGGGCCAGCUACACCCCCAAAACAACGUCCUGGACUAUCUGGAGUCUGAGGUCCAAAAUCUCAACCCUUCCCAGCCCCUGAUACCCUCCCACCACUUUGGGGCCAACCAGCAUCCCAGUAUGCUCUCCUCCCUGAGCUCAGAGAUUGUGGAGCGCAGGGUAAUCCAGCUGCCACCCAUCACGGAGCUCAUCCCAUCCUCUCAGAGGAGCAGUAACUUGUCACACCUGCAACGAGCUGGCCACGCUGCAGGGCCCUGGGGAUCCGCAACAGAGGAUGAGAGGGAGGACUGGAGACGACACCAGCCUGUGGAUAGGGAUUCUCACUCCAACUUCAAUCGGAACUCCAGGGACAGGGGUCGAGACCCGAGGCCGCGGGAGGGCAGCUAUGAUGGCAGGCACCGGAGUUCCAGGCGGGAUGUAUCGCCCAGGCAACGGCCGGAUCACGGUAGGUAUGGGGGCAUAUCCUACCCUGAGGAGACCAGAGAUCGUUCAGACCACAGCUGUGACCCAAGGCAGCUGCCGUUAGAGAGGCAAAAGUAUCAACACCCCAACAGAAGGAGUAACCAUUCAGAGCAGCGGGGACGCCGGCGUCGCAGCUACUCUCCUCCAUCCCGGCGAGGCUCGUGGAGCUCGGCAGAGGAGCACGAACACUUCCAGGGGAACUACAGACAACGCCACCGUCGUUCCCCAGGCUGGCCAGAAGACAAGCCGCCCAGUUACCGCUCACUGGAACUCAUCCCAGACAAGGGCUGCAAACGCGGAAGCAGCAUGGGCCAGCCCUCGGUAAAAAAGGAAGUUCCCGCAGUGGAAGAAGCAUGGUCAUUUAGCACAUGGCAGAAGGACUGAAACUCUCAAUGGUUCUGCUUUGAGGCUCCGUUUUGCCCUCCCUAUAGGUGAUUUGGGGUGGCUACUUCUGACUGAACAGGAGACCUUCAGCAACUGGAUAAAGUAAAACGUAGUGGAGACCAGUGAGGAAUCUAUGUGUAGGGAUCCAGGAGAACAGUGGCUUUAUCACAUUAUCUGAAAACCUUGUAUUUCCUUCCUUGCCCUGGAGACUUGGGUUUCAAACAGACGGUGGUGGUUGUUGAAAGUCGUCCCUUUGAUAAGAGUACAGUUUCUGGUGGUACUGAGCAAACAGCAUUUCCUCCCUCUCUGAAUUUGAAUGUUGUGCAUGUGGUCAUAAGAUUCAGCACCAAAGGUCAGAAUGUUUGCAGUGAUUAAUAAGUGGUUGUUUACAAUACACUAUCACACCGGAAAAUCUUUACUGCUCUGGGUAUUUUUUGAGGAAUCUACCCUUUUCCUAACAUCUCACAUGCACUGCUUUCCUCCUUGGCCUCUGUCCUCCUGUGGUGUGUGUAUGGGGGAAACAGGCUCUAGGAGACUAUUCUUAUCCUCUGCUUUGCUAAGCUGUUCCCUUCCUAACAUGACAGUUAGGGAGCUGAUCUUUACUCUGAACAUUGCAUUUUUCCUAAACUUGUUCCUCAACACAUCUGUGGUUUGGUUACUAUUGGAUUAAGUGCCUGCCUGUAAAUUAUUCGUGAACUGAAAGCAAAGAAAGAAAUUCCUUUGGAAACCAAUUGCAAUAGACAGACAAGCAAGUUCGUUUUUUUUUCUUGCUUGUGUUGCAAGAGAGGAGACAAAAGAAUCCUUUUCUCUGGAUUUUUUUGAUCAGAGGCCUCUUCUUUCUAUGGUAAAGCUGCUUUCUAAAGGCACUUUUUGAACUGCUGGAUGUAGGGCUCAGCUCUUUGUGUAGAGCUUUGGGAAUGGCUUGUAUACUGAGUUUUGUAAUUCACAACACCUAAAGGUUACUCAAGACCUAUUCUUUCUUCAUCCAGUCCAUUUUUCAGUUGGCAUAGGAUUGCUGUCUACAGGAUUUUUAAAGUGAUCACUGGAGUGCCUGGCAUUUCUGUCGGAAAACUAGUUUACAGGCAUGACUUUUGAAAAUGGCCUUUUCUUGCGCAUUUGCAGGGCACUCCCUCUGAAAUGCAUAUCAAUUAAGGGCUUUUUCUUCCUUCUUGGGGCUAUAUGUAAACCAGAUAAAUGAACUAAUGGCUAGCACUGGUGCAAGUAUCAAUGGAGUGGGGUCGCUACUUAGAGGAUAUUCUUUGUGGUUGUGAGUUUUCACUUUGCUUACACUUGGGCAGUACUGCAACAUUGUGGUAGGAGUGCUUUCUCUGAGUAUCCUACCCUACCAGUCCUAGCAUGGCCGGAACAGUGGUUGCUAAUGGAUUUUGAAGGGCUGUUUGGGAAGCAGGAGCCACUGUGGCCAAAGUCAAACUCUUACAAUUCCCUGGGAACUAGUGCUCUUUCUUGAUUCCUCUCUCAAAAUGGCUGCCAAGGUUGAACAUCUAGCUCCCUCUUAUUGUUCUGUAAGAGGUACUUUCUCCCUCCUGCAUUGUCCUGAAAGGGUUGGAGUCCAAGGCCAACAGCUGAUGGAACAUGUUGUGGAAUAGCCACCAUCUUGGCUAGCACAACAGAGAUUGAAACAGGGAUCAUUAGAGCAAAGAGUUUGAGAUCAAGAACCUGCCAGUAUAACAGGAGACUGCAACAAACUCCUCUCUUCUCUGGCUUGGGCAUGGAGGGUGAGGGUGCAACUUGCUGGGCUGAAUCACAGAUGGCUGACACCUCAAAUAGCUAGCUCCAUAUAGAAUUUGAAGAUGAUGCUCCCAAGCCUGGUGUUGCUUCUGGGUCUGUUCCACAGCCUCACAUGUGUGUAACCCAGUGGUGCUCAACCUUUUUUAAUUCACGGGAACAUUUUUUGAGGGAAAAAAAAAAGCAACAGGGACAUUUUGUUGCAGCCCCUUUAAUUUAAAGCGCCAGUACACUCCCCUGCCACUCCCCCCACCAAGCGUACAUCAGGUGCUGAGCCAGGAAAAUAAAAUGGUGGCUGGCCCAGCGCUGCGACCCCCCCCCCAAGAAGACAACCAUAAGCCCACAGGUUGUACACCGCUUGUGUAACCAAGUUCUUCUUGAGACCUCUGAUGGACAUAGCAGGGACUGCCCAAGUUUGUUAGAGAUGAUUUUUCUGUAUGUCCACUGUGAGCCACUGCAGCAAGAGCACAAGGAUGAGGGCUCCGGCCCCCAUACAAAAGAGAAAGAUGACGAGACUGUGGAAUCUAGGCUGGAUCUGUGAAAAGUUUUAUUUAAAGAUGAGAUUUUAAUGAUGAGGUGGUGGGACUUCUGAUGGUUUUAAUACAUUUUUUUCCUCUGUGUAUUGCUGGCUAAUGGUUUGUAUUGGUUAUGAAGAGCUAGACAACUAAAUUGAAAGAACGGCAUUGUUGCCCCUUCUUUUAACAUCAGUAUCCCUUUCUGAGGGUACAUCUACCCUUUAAAUCACUAUAGACAGAGCUUUGCCACUGUCCGCACUGAAGUGCUACACUUACUACAGUGACAGGAGGGGUUCUCCUGUUGGCAUAGGUAAUUCCACUCCCAAGAGGCAGUGGGGGUAGGUCAACAGAAGCAGUUUUCUGUGGACCUAGCGCAGUCUAUGCAAGGGAUUAAGUCAGCACCCUUUUGUGUCUCGGGGUAUAGAUUUUUUACAUUAGCUCUGUCACUCAGCAGUGCACCUCUGCUGAGCAGAAGCAGAUGUCCAGGCAGCAGUGCUGGAACAAUUUGUAUAGUGGGGGUGCUGAGAGCCAUUGAGCCAAACUGUAAACCCCGUAUAUAAUGGGAACCACUUCAAGCCUAGGAGUACCACCACAUUCCUAGUUCUGCAAAAGCGACGAGGAGUCCUGUGGCACCUUAUAGACUAACUG